AUGACAGAUAAAGGUAUCGAUAUCACUGUCUUCAAAGGUUCCCCCAGCGGGAAGAUCGUUGCGUCAACAACCCACAAAGACAGUCUCAAGCCUGACGAGGUCCUCCUAAAAAUCACUCACGCCGGCCUUUGUGGCACAGAUCUACACUACAAGACAUCUGGUAUCGUUCUCAGCCAUGAGGGUGUCGGCAUCGUGCAGCAGAUUGGCCCCGAGGUCACCAACUUCGAAAUAGGCGAUCGUGCUGGCUGGGGAUACUUGCAUAACUCCUGUGGGCACUGUGACGAGUGUCUCAGUGGAAAUGAAAUAUUCUGCUCAGAACGUGCAAUGUACGGGUUCUCCGACGUGGACCAAGGCGGGUUCGCCUCGCACGCUAUCUGGAAAGCUGGCUUCCUCUUCCAUAUCCCCAAUGAAAUCUCUUCUUCCGAAGCAGCUCCACUUAUGUGUGCCGGCGCAACCGUUUUCAACGCUAUGCACCUCUAUGGUAUGAUACCUACCGAUCGGGUAGGUAUUAUCGGCGUCGGCGGCCUCGGUCAUCUCGCCAUCCAGUUCGCUGCGAAAAUGGGCUGCCAGGUCGUGGUAUUCUCCGGAACAAAGCUCAAAAAGAAUGAGGCGAUGAGUCUCGGCGCAAGUGAGUUCUACGUGACAGAGAACAUGCAGGCGCUCGAGAUAGGGGCACCCCUCAAGCACCUCUUCGUCACAACAUCCCAGCAGCCCGACUGGAAUUGCUACCUCAAUACUCUCGCACCACAUGCCAAGAUAUACCCGCUCACCCUGUCCGCUGACGCCCUCACUCUGCCGUAUAUGCAGCUCGUCGUUAAUGGCAUCACGCUCCAGGGCAGCAUCUGCCCCUCGCGUGGAACGCAUGUCAAGAUGCUACGGUUUGCAGCACUUCACCACAUCAAACCCAUCAUUGAGGAGUUCCCAUUGACUGAGGCUGGCAUAGAGGAAGCGAUACAGAGGCUUGAAAACGGAGAAGUGAGGUACCGUGCGGUUUUGGUCGCUGAGAACGACAUCGCUGGUAAGUCAAAGUGA